UGUCUUCUAGUGAGUCCCUCUCCAAUGAGUGGGCCUAGGAAAUUCCAUGGGCCAGGAAAAAAUCCCCUUACAAUUAUGUUUCCUGCAAAUCUUAACUUGUUUUUGGAGGUGGUCUUUUUAGUUGGAUUGGAGAGGAAAGUCUUAAAGAUAAUGGAAAUGGAGGGCAAGAAGCAGGAAAGUUCACCUUCCUCAAUCACUGCUGAUCGUUUUGGUGCCAAGGAGUCACCACCAUCCUCGUCAUCAGGAAUUUUUGCCUCCAUUUUCCGACCUCCAUUAACGCUGGUUGGGAGGAACUCCUUGGGCAUUGAGAUAAUGGGAUCUUGGCAAAAACAACCUUCAGGAAAUGAAGCAUGGAACAUGAAACAAGGAACUCCAGCUAUCAGUAGCGGGGGUGCAUGCUGUAGCAUACUCAACAAGGACAGGAGUUCAAUUUUCUAAGAA